AUGGUCCGCACCCAGCGCGUCACCCAGCACGUCACCCAGGACGUCGCCCAUGACGUCACCCAGCACGUCACCCGGCACGUCACCCAGGACGUCACCCGGCACGUCCACGGCACCGAGCGCGUUCUCCAUGAACAGGAGAGCGCAGGGCUGCAGCCAGCCCUCAUCUCAGCCUCACAGUUUUUCGAGAUCUGGCUUCACUUCGACGCUGACGGAAGCGGGUACCUGGAAGGGAAGGAGCUGCAGAACCUGAUCCAGGAGCUCCAGCAGGCGCGGAAGAAGGCCGGGCUGGAGUUAUCGCCCGAGAUGAAAACCUUUGUGGAUCAGUACGGGCAGAAAGAUGACGGGAAGAUAGGAAUUGUAGAGCUGGCCCACGUGCUGCCCACAGAGGAGAACUUCCUGCUCCUGUUCCGGUGCCAGCAGCUGAAGUCCUGCGAGGAGUUCAUGAAGACAUGGAGAAAGUACGACACGGACCACAGCGGCUUCAUAGAAACCGAGGAGCUGAAGAACUUUCUGAAGGACCUGCUGGAAAAAGCAAACAAGACUGUUGAUGAUACAAAGCUGGCCGAGUAUACAGAUCUAAUGCUGAAAUUAUUUGAUUCAAAUAAUGAUGGGAAGCUGGAAUUAACUGAAAUGGCCAGGUUACUACCUGUGCAUGAGAAUUUUCUUCUCAAGUUCCAGGGAGUCAAAAUGUGCGCGAAAGAGUUCAAUAAAGCUUUCGAGUUAUAUGACCAGGAUGGCAAUGGAUACAUAGAUGAACACGAACUCGACGCUUUACUGAAGGACCUGUGCGAGAAGAACAAACAGGAUCUGGACAUCAACAACAUCUCCAACUACAAGAAGAGCAUUAUGGCCUUGUCGGACGGCGGGAAGCUGUACCGGACAGACCUCGCCCUCAUCCUCUCUGCCGGGGACAACUAGAGUUAAGAUGACCGCGGGUCACUAGCGAUACACCGUAUCUAAAAACAACUGUGCACUGUAAGGGAGUAGCCUGUAUUUCCUUUUAUAUCUGUAAGUUUAACUGCAUAUAGAUAGCUGUCCAGGGUGUGUGGCACAAUCUUUUCCGCUUGUUUCUAUACUGUUUGUAAUGUACAGUUUUUGUAAACACAGGUCUGAAAAGGAGAUUGCCUGUGCUUAGGCCAGUCAAUAUACACCCAUUAAAAAAACAGCCUGACAUAUUCUUGCUUUCGUACGUAGAGCUGGAUAUUUCCCUAAAAACUCCACCAGGAUUCAUCUCUAAAAUCCUAGUCUCUAAUGGGUUAAUGCAAGUUUUUCACGGAA